AUGGUUUCCAGGUUUGUCGGGCGCCGACAACCUGCAGUCAAAGCUGCCACUGUGCCUGAAGCCGAAGCUCCUCUGGUCUCACCGGCAUCCAGUCCAUCUGGGCUCAAUGAGCUGUUAGAGGUGCACAAAGACAAGCCUCCCAGAUGUAGAGUAGAGGUGGCGACGCACACAGCAAAGAACUGGGGUGGCAGGCACGAAAAUGAGGAUCGAUGCAUGGCAGUUCACGACUGCCUGGGAGAUUCUCGGAUUCCGUUUCACACUGUUGGUGUCCUAGACGGUCACGACACAGACUCCGCAUCUGAUUUGGUCGCGAAACUGCUUCCAGUGGCUGUCGGCAGGCGGAUGAAGGAUGGCCUUUCGAUCAGUCAGGCUUACAUGGAAGCAAUGGCUGAGAUGGAAGACCGAUUAAAACGCGAGCACGCCACUGCCGGCACGUGCGUCAACAGCUGCACAAUUGCUGCUGGCCGCGUGUGGUGUGCGAAUCUUGGCGAUUGCCGAGCAGCUCUUGUGCUGCUUGAGGCAUCCGCCACAGCAAGCGGUGCAGCCAAGGCAGAGGUCCUCAUGUGGUUAUCUCGCGACCACAAGGCCAGCUGCCCGAUAGAACAGAAGCGCAUCGAGGCGGUAGGUGGAUCUGUCAUAGACGGAAGGGUCGAAGGCCUGGAACCUUCCAGGACUCUUGGCGAUUUCGACGUGAAAAUGACAGUGAAACCAGGGGUUAUCUCCAUCGUGCCUGAGGUGCGAAGUGUGGAGGUUGAUGCUGGUUCGACGGCCAGUGGCCGCCGUGGAAUUUUAAUGUGUGCCACCGACGGCGUUUGGGACGUGAUGACUGGGCAGGACCUGUGCAAGCUGAUACAAGCAAGAAAGGACCUGGCUGCUUUCUUAAGUCCUGAGGCACUAUUGGAGGUACCAAGAGCGGGGUCACAGGCUCUCCACGAGCUGGCGGAGGACAUUGUGCAGUUCGCCCUUGCCAAGGGCAGUCGCGAUGAUUGCACAUGCUUGGUCGCCAUGAUAAUGGUUGCCCACGACUAG